AUGCCACGCUUGGUGGCCCUUCUAGGAUUUGCAGUCACUGCAAUGCUCAGAUGUGGCAUGAAGAGAGGGAGAGGUGAUGUGAAACUACCACCUCCGGAGCCAACUCCAAGCUUUUUGCUUGAUCUGUAUAGGGAUGAAGUUAGAGGUUCAAAAUUUCAAAGAAGCAUAAGGCUUUACAAUGCGAUGUUUGCAUUUACCUCUUCAGGUGGGAAUGUCGAUCAUUCGAUAAAAAGAGGCAAAGGCCCUUAUAUUUACCGCUUAAAUGGUCAAAACCACCAUGUUUUUGGCUCUUUAAUUCCCGAUGAUGGCGACACUCCCAAAUUCUAUCAGCUUUAUAUAUAUGAUACUGCCAAUGAAGUAAAUAACCGUUUACGUUGGGUGAAUGUUUCUGAUGAACAACCUGUAGAAGUUGAAGUUGUCCAAGGCUUGAUGGAUAUGCUUGAUGAUACUAAUGAGCUUGUGCAAAAAUUCCGCCAGGCCCGUGAUCGUUGGGAAAACAAGGAUAUCUAUGAUUUGAAAGUUGAGCUUAAGAUUUGCCGUGCACAAAAUGGUAGGGAGAAUCAUAUAUCUGCUUCUGAUGAAAUUGCAGGCAUAAUGGUUGGUUCAAGCUCGAAUACUACCGCUGACCGGGAUGUGAUAGUUCAGGCCAAAUCUGGAAAGCUGCAGCGUGUUUCCUACAUUCAUCCAAAAAUCAUGGCACUUCAAUAUCCACUUCUGUUUCCAAAUGGCGAGGACGGGUACCAUGAUAAGAUUCCAUUUCACAGUGCUGAUUUGAUGAAUCUUAAAGAUCGUGAUUUUAUAUCUCUGAAAGAUUAUUAUGCCUACCAAUUUCAAAUUAGACAAAAUCAAUCUAUGACCCCUAGAUUGGGUGGGAGGCUUUUUCAACAGUACGUCGUUGAUGCCUUCUCUUCUAUUGAACAGACGCGUUUAUGGUGGUUUCGCAAGAAUCAGACUAUCCUGCGGAACGAGUUAUAUAGUCAUAUAUGUGACUCGGACGCAUUAGCUGUUUGUCGGCACGUUGGUCAUCCUGACAUUUUCUUAACAAUGACAAGAAAUCCGUUGUGGGAUGAAAUUCAGAAAAUGAUGCUUUUUCUCCCUGGUUGUAAGACAGAGAAUUCACCAGAUAUCAUAUCUCGAGUGUUUCGUUUGAAACUUGACCAGUUGACGAAUGAUAUCAAGAAGAAAGCUUUUUUUGGCGUUUGCGUUGGAGUGAUGUACGUUGUAGAGUUUCAGAAGCGGGGUCUUCCGCAUGUGCACAUGCUGAUUUGGCUUGAUAGUAAGUCAAAAGAUUAUUUGAAAAAAAAUGUAGACAAAUUUGUCUCAGCAGAGAUUCCAGAUCCUGUGAAAGAUCCUAUUGGCUAUGCUGCAGUCAAGGCUUUCAUGAUACAUGGUCCAUGUGGAUUGCAAAAUACUAAAUCUCCAUGCAUGAAAGAUCUGAAGUGUAUCAGGUACUGCGCGCGCACCAUGUUUGAUGAAAGUGGAUUUCCGAUUUACAGAAGAAGACGGCAAAAUAUAACGGUUCAUGUAUGGAAUGCUGAUUUGGAUAAUCAAUGGGUGGUCCCUUAUAACCGUGAUUUAUUGGUAAAGUACCAGUGCCACAUGAAUAUCGAGAUUUGUUGCCAUGCGCGGAGUUUGAAAUACCUAAUCAAAUAUUGCCUCAAGGGACACGAUACUGCUACUGUGCAUGUUACUGGGAGGAAGAAGAGGACAGCGAAACAAAAUCCGGAUGAGCCUAUAGAUGAGAUUGAUGCCUAUUUUGAUGGUCGCUACAUAUGUGGUGCAGAGUCUGCAUAUAGGAUUUUUGGUUUUCCUAUUCACCAUCGCACCAUUUCUGUGGAACGCCUACCAUUUCAUCUUCCAGGACAGAAGAACUGCACAUUUCGUUCCAAUCAGCCUCUAAAUAAAGUUGCAGAGCGCGAGAAGGAUAGGCCAAGCAAAUUGGAAGCUUUUUUUCAUUUAUGUACUGUUGAUGUCUCUGCGCAGCAGUACACUUACCAAGAAAUACAUGAACAUUUUGUUUGGGAUGAUGGCAAUAGGAAAUGGAAUCCAAGGAAAAGAGGAUUUCAGAUUGGAAGGCUUUCGUAUACACAUCAUAGCAGCGGUGAAGUAUGGUUUAUGAGGUUGUUGCUUACUAAAGUGCGAGGACCUACAUCUUUUGAGAGUCUUAGGACUUUGAAUGGAAUUUGUUAUCCUACUUUUCGUGAUGCCUGCAAGGAGUAUGGUUUACUUGAUGAUGACAAAGAGUGGCAUGAAGUUAUGGAUCAAUGUGCUUCUGGUGGGUUGCCUCCACAGAUUCGUCAGCUCUUUGUGCACAUCAUAGUCAACUGCAAAGUCACAGAUUUAUAUAAUUUGUGGAUUUGUCAUUGGCAGCAGAUGGUCGAUGAUAUUCUUUUAAAAAGGAGGCGUUUAAAUAAUGAUGAUAGCCUCAUGCUUGAUGACAAACAACUGCAAUACUAUGCUCUUGCAGAAAUUGAUGAUUUCCUAAGGUCUAUUGGUAAAUCCCUCAAGAAUUUUCCUCAACUCCCCCAGCCACCAGCGACGUAUUUAAAUCAUGGAACUAAUAACUUGAUUUUAGAAGAAACGAACUACAAUAUAGCUGAGAUGGAGACUGAGAACAGAACAUUGUUAUCCACCAUGAAUGAUCAACAGCUAAAGGUUUACAAAUGCAUAUUAGACUCUGUUGCUAAGAACGAAGGUGGACUUUUUUUUGUUCAUGGAAGCGGUGGAUGCGGGAAGACUUUUUUAUGGAGAACUCUAAUUUCCAAGUUGAGAUCCCAAGGUGAUAUUGUUCUGCCAGUUGCGUCAUCUGGAAUUGCUGCUACGCUCAUGCCUGGAGGUCGGACUGCUCAUUAUAGAUUUAAAAUUCCUAUUGUCCUUGAUGAGUUCUCCGUUUGUGGUAUAGGUAACAAAUCAGACAUCGCCGAGCUCAUUAGGCAGACAAAGCUUAUUAUCUGGGACGAGGCGCCAAUGCAACACAGAUUUGUAUUUGAAUGUUUAGAUCGUUCUCUUAGGGAUAUAAUGAGGUCUUGUGAUGAAUCGCGUGCUUCUCUACCUUUCGGAGGAAUCACAGUAGUUCUUGGAGGAGAUUUCAGACAAAUCUUACCGGUCAUACCUCAUGGAGAUUGA